AGGAGAGAGAGAAAGGAAAAGGAGAUUAGGGAACUGGACGGGUAUGGUCUUGGACAAAGCGCAACUGAAUGCAGACAAUGGCAUGAUGACGACGAGCUUUGUGGAAAUCAACACUGCCACUACUGCAGACGCCUCACUUCCCCCAACAGAACUUAAGGCAGAGGCACCUGAGCAACCAGACCCCUCCAAGAUAGAGGUGGUGUCCGUGACGGAGGAAGACCUCCCCCACGUCGAGACCCCCAACACUCUGAACGUCAGCCCCCUGGGGAGUUUUGCUACUGACUCCCAGGUAGAGAAAGAUCCUGCCAAACCUACAGACCUACAGCCGCAGCCUCCCGUUGCACCCAGCCCGACCAUGCCAAUCACCAAGGUUCAGCCGUUUAUGCAUGAGGAUGACUUGGAGAAAGGCUGGAAAACCAGAGUGCUAGCACAUCGCUUUGAGCUGCUAAUCGCUUCAUGCCUCAUUGUGGUGAUCACGCUUGCUCUCAGCAUUGGACUCGGAGUGGGUCUAAGCUGUGUGGGGAAGUUUCGAUGUGGCUCGUCAUCUCAGUGCAUCAGUACCUCGGCCCAGUGUGAUGGAGUGGUGCACUGUGACAAUGAAGAGGACGAGCUUGGCUGUGUGCGUCUGAGUGGCACCAGCUCAGUCCUGCAGGUGCAAAAAAAGGGAGAAUGGAGGACAGUCUGCUCCGAGGACUGGAACAACUGGCUGGGCGUCUCUGCCUGCAAGCAGCUGGGAUACUCCAGUUACGUGGAGUCCUUCUUUGUUGCGAUGACCUCCAUUGAGCAGAACCUUCAGACCAGCCUGGUGUCCAUAAACCUGAGUGAGGCACAGAUCAUUAAGCUCCAAAACGCUGCAACAUUCAGUAAGGCUGAGUGCAGUUCAGGGAUGGUGACGACUCUGAAGUGUCAGGAGUGUGGAUUCCGGCCUCUUUUCAACACCCGUAUUGUUGGGGGGAAUGUCUCCAGACCGGGUCAGUUCCCCUGGCAGGUCAGCCUCCACUUCAAGAACGAACACCUGUGCGGAGGCUCCAUCAUAACGUCGCACUGGAUACUCACUGCAGCGCACUGUGUGUAUGGGUUUGAAACUUCCUCCCACUGGACGGUUCACGUGGGGCUGACGGAGCAGCUCGUCCACGGGGCCCAGUCUCUGGCCGUGGAGAGCAUCGUCUACCACUACCGCUACCGACCCAAAGGGCUGGACUAUGACAUUGCACUGAUAAAACUGGCAAGGCCACUCAUUUUUAAUGGCCUUGUGGAGCCCAUCUGUCUGCCCAACUACGGAGAGGAGUUUAAGGAGGGCACCAUGUGCUGGAUCUCUGGCUGGGGAGCAACGGAGGAAGACGGGGAGACCAGCGUGAUACUGCGCUCGGCGACGGUGCCGCUCAUCUCCACGAAGACCUGCAACCAGCCAGAUGUUUACAUGGGCUUAAUCACGUCCUGGAUGAUCUGUGCAGGAUACCUGGAGGGAGGAGUUGACUCUUGUCAGGGGGACAGCGGAGGCCCUCUGGCCUGUGAGAUCUUGUCUGUUUGGAAGCUGGUUGGAGCAACCAGCUGGGGAAGCGGCUGCGCUCUGAGGAACAAGCCGGGUGUUUACGCUAGCAUCACACAGUCGCUCACGUGGAUCCGCCAACAGAUGGAGAAAGAAGAGGCUCGCAAAUUACCCAGCGUGUAACAGCCAACCGAGUCACCAGCAGUUACUUCUCACCCGAUUCCGUUUGGACGUUUUUCCGCGUUUGACCAAAAACUACCUGUAGAAAGACUGUAGCACAUCAGAGCAGCAGAUCACCACCUCAACCAGUCCCGUUUGGGAGCAAAGCGGACGCGGCAGAGUGAAGAGGCAGAGUUAAACAUUGUUUAUUCCAAAAUAGAAAGCUCUAAGGCAAAACAGACAAGAGUGAACAACGCUUCAUAAAAAGCAAGACAGAUGCAAGUGAAGAACCAAGAGCCCAGUGUGGUUCCACCCAGAGUCAAUAAACCCUCAGGCUGCAGGAAAUUAACCAAGUCUCGACUUCACAAAAGGGUUAUAAAACAGAUUACUGCAACUAUUGAAAGACAACUGUUGUACAGUACAAUAUUACAGUUAUUGGAACAAGAGGCACCCCAGUUUAUGCAGUAAUUUCAACAAAUCCGUAAAGAUUUCGAUUCAAGUCCCGGUCCUUCUGGCAGGCAAUAAACUUAAGAUUUCCAACUUUCCAACUGCUCUGUUUUCAGUGCAGCAGCGUGAUCUGGGAUACAAAACAAAGCUGAAUGCAUGCAAAAAAAAAGAGUCCAUAGUUUCUGGUUGACGAUGGCGUUCACAUCACACUGCGGAUACUGCCCCAUCCAGGAUCCGUCCCAGACCCUCACGACUGUGCGGUUAGCAUAGUGUUCUGGAUUGUGCAUUUGAGAAAGUGACAUAUAUGCUACUACUUUAAAAUCAUUAAAAGACAUAUAUGGUAUUCACAAUGUGGAUAGAACGGGAGCAGUGCUGGACCGUGCGGCCGCGUCACUGUUUCUGUUCGCUUCAGAUAAACGGGACGUUGCAGUAAACCGAGUAAAAAUUAUUAACAAUGCUUUGCAGAGUGACAAAAGUGUUUGUUUUAGUGUCUUUUCGACCAAUUUCACCAAGGGUCAGACUUCAUUUUUGUGCUUCUAGGCAAGAAUUCUUUAGAAAAGUACAUAGAUAAGGCCUUGUUAGUAUUAAGUUCGAAACCAAUUUAAAUAGCAAUUUUCAUCAGCAUUCAAUUCCUUUUUAAUAUUUUUUUUUUUAGAAAACUUUAAAGAACCCUGGAAAAUUGGGUCACUAGCUUUAAUUAUGAAUCUGUACAUAAAUAUUCCGUACAAAACAGGAGAACACAAAAAAUGAAACAAACGAACAAACAAA